UGUAGUCUCCGCAGUGUGAUUUAAACUUGUUACGGAGUCGGUCGUUCAUCAGCUACAAUGAGUAUUGAGACGUUUGUGUUCUUGGAUAUCAACACCGUUGGUUACAGUGUCAAAGAGAAGAAAGGUGCUAAAAUUACUGAGCUGACAUUGAUGGCAGUGUCACGUAAGGAUAUUAUAACAGCUGAAAGUGGGACUUUACCCCCCUUUGGGAAACUGUCCCUGUUGAUCAACCCACAAAAAGACAUACCAAGUCAAAUAGCGAAAUCGUCAGGAUUAUCGAACGUGUAUUUAACGAAUCAGCCAAUUUUUAGAGACAAAGUGAACACAAUCAAUUCAUUCCUUGAGCUGCCUAAGCCAGUGUGCCUCGUUGCUUGUAAAGGAAACAGAUUCGAUUAUAAAAUAUUAAGAUCGGAGUAUGUGGAAGCCAACGCCCAGCUGCCAGAUGAUCUACUGUGUGUCGAUCCAAUCAGCUUGCUUACUGAAGAAAUUAAAAGUAAGGUUAAAGAAACAACAGCUCCAUCGAGCGCCAAUAAUUCAUUACUGGACACGCAAAGCUUAAACGCCUCAGGGGUCCAGCCCGCUUCCCCAUCAGCCCCUAGCAAUGAAAACCAGCCAGGACCAAGCAACGUCGACGACCUAAAUGACGCUUUCGCUGGUAUGACGACAAACACAACUCCCAAGAAAGAGAGGUAUACCGUACAAAAGAUAUACAAAAGUGUUAUCAACAGAGAGCCAUCGAGAUCCCAGAGGACUGAUGUUACGGCUAUGAUGCUUUUGGAGUGUGUCAUAGCUAUAAAACAUGUAUUCUUACCUUGGGCAGACCAGAACCGAAGACUUAUUAAUAACAUUGAACCAUUUUAAGUAUAAAAAUAGUGUUUAAUUAUUACGAUGACAUAUAAAAUAUAUUUUUAUAAUUAUCUUGAAUAUUUUAAUAAAUUGAUAUUAUUUAA